AUGCAUGGGCAAAUUGACGGAAGGGUUGUGAGAGCCGUGCGAAGCUUAAAAAGAAUGAACACCCAAGAGAGCACUUCAGAUGGCAGCUCUACAAGGACAAGUACCCCAGGCAAUGAAGGUCAAAUUUUAGACGUGAUUUCAAAUCGGGAGGACUUGAAAUCAUUCUUAGCCAAUUAUGGGAUAACUGCUGAUGAUUUGUAUAAGGAAGUAAGAGAAGAUUUGGUAAUUGUGAGAGAUAUAAUGACUGAGCCAGAAUUGAGUGUAAACGUUAUGAAAAGAAUCGAGGGAAAACUGGAAGAAUUUCAGGCGAGGAAACAGAUCGAAACGGCCAAAAGCAGCAUGGAAGAAAAAAUCAGACAAAGAAUGGAGAUGCUGCAGAAGAGGCUUGACGGCAACAAUGAAAAUCUUUAA